GCGACACAUGGAAGAAGAGUCUCUGUUCUUUCUAUCUACAUACCCUGGUUGGAGCCUUGGAGCUGCUAAGCUCAAAAAAAAUCACAUAAAUUAAACGUUCAAGAAUAGUAUGUAAGUAUAGGAUUGAUACUUAAUGGAGAUGAAGGAGAUUGAUUCGGGGAGUAAGAAGCAGAAAGAAAUGGAUUCUGAUGAGGAGGGACGUUUUCUCGUGGUGAGCCACAGCAGAGAAGAAGAAGUAAACAAGAAAGAUGUGUUUCUUAAGGAGAUGACGAGGAUUGGUUACAUAGCUGGUCCGAUGAUUGCGAUCAACUCGUCUAUGUACGUUCUUCUCGCUAUAUCGAUGAUGAUGGUUGGUCAUCUCGGUGAGGUUUUCCUCUCAAGCACAGCCAUUGCCAUCUCUUUCUGUAACGUCACAGGUUUCAGCGUCAUCUUUGGAGUGGCUAGUGCAUUGGAGACUCUAAGUGGUCAAGCUCAUGGAGCUAAACAAUUUGAAAAGCUUGGAGUCCACACUUACACAGGGAUCUUCUCUCUGUAUCUUAUGUGCAUUCCCUUGUCUGUGCUAUGGAGUUACAUGGGUGAUAUACUCGUUUUUACUGGACAAGAUCCUCUGGUUUCUCAAGAAGCUGGAAAGUUUGCAACUUGGCUCAUACCUGCGCUCUUUGCUUACGCUACUUUACAGCCGCUUAUUAGGUUUUUCCAAGCACAGAGUCUGAUUUUGCCUAUGAUUAUGAGCUCAAUAUCUUCUCUUUGUGUCCAUGUUGUCCUCUGCUGGAGUUUGGUCUUUAAGUUUGGGCUUGGGAGCCUAGGUGCAGCCAUUGCGGUUGGGAUUUCUUACUGGUUAAACGUGACUGUGCUUGGACUGUACAUGACGUUUUCUUCCAGCUGUAGUAAGAGCCGUGCACACAUAUCCAUGAGCAUGUUUAAAGGAAUGGGGGAGUUUUUCCGUUUUGGAAUCCCAUCUGCUUCUAUGAUUUGCCUCGAGUUGUGGUCAUUCGAAAUUCUAGUCUUGCUCUCAGGGAUCUUACCAAAUCCGAAGCUAGAAGCCUCUGUUCUCUCUGUCUGUCUAUCAACAACUAUCAUCCUCUACCAAAUAGCAGAGAGUAUCGGAGCAGCAGCAAGUACGAGAGUAGCAAACGAGUUAGGAGCUGGUAAUCCGAAACAAGCUCGAAUAGCUGUGUACACAGUGAUGGUCAUUACAUGUGUAGAAUCAUUGAUGGUGAGCGCAAUGGUUUUUGGCGCAAGAAACGUAUUUGGUUACCUAUUCAGCUCUGAAACAGAGGUUGUGGAUUAUGUAAGAUCAAUGGCUCUACUGGUUGCUUUUACGGUCAUAUUCGAUGCCCUGCACGCGGUUCUUGCGGGUGUGGCUAGAGGAUCGGGGAGGCAAGAUAUAGGGGCUUAUGUGAACCUAGCUGCAUAUUAUCUCUGCGGCAUACCAACUGCUGUUUUAUUAGCUUUUAGGUUUAAAAUGGGAGGAAGAGGACUCUGGAUUGGGAUCACUGUUGGGUCCUUCGUACAAGCUGUUUUGCUUGGUCUUGUCGUCAUCUUCACCAACUGGAAACAACAGACGAGAAAGGCGAGAGAAAGGCUGAUGGUUGAGGUGUUUGAAGGUGAAGAAAACGAAGAACAUAAAGAGUUCAGCUAGAUCAAGAGACUGUCAAUCAUGUGUACAGGAGUUGUGGCAUUCUAUUCUUGUCCACACGUACAUAUUGAUUUGACCUUCUCCCUUAUAAAAAGGAACAUAGACAUUAUUCAUAAUGUGAUAUUAUGAACAGUUUAAGAAAAUUCUAAGGAUUUGCUUAUAAGAAAUAUGACUAGUACACAAUUUUCAAUACGAAUUAUAUAUCCUCUGGGAUUGUGUAAUGUAAAACUACAGCAAAAGCUUUGAUCA